GACUCGGGGAAGAUGGCCGCGCUGACGGCGGAGGUCUUUGCAGCUCUCCAGAGCUUGCUGAAGGCCUCCUCGAAAGAUGUUGUCAGACAGCUGUGCCAAGAGAGCUUUUCCAGUUCAGCCCUUGGCUCGAAAAAGCUCUUGGAUGUUACGUGUUCCAGCUUGUCUGUGACCCAGGAGGAGGCAGAACAACUGCUCCAGGCUCUGCACCGCCUCACCAGGCUCGUGGUGUUCCGUGACCUGUCCUCCGCCGAGGCGAUUCUGGCACUCUUUCCUGAAAAUUUCCACCCAAACCUCAAAAACCUGCUGACAAAAAUCAUCCUAGAACACGUAUCUACUUGGAGAGCUGAAGCCCAGACAAAUCAGAUCUCUCUGCCGCGCCUGGUCGACCUGGACUGGAGGGUGGACAUCAAAACCUCCUCAGACAGCAUCAACCGCAUGGCCGUCCCUACCUGCCUGCUCCAGAUGAAGAUCCAGGAAGAUCCCAGUCUGUGUGGGGAGCAGCCCUCCAUGUCAGCUGUCACCGUGGAGCUGAGUAAGGAGACCCUGGACACGAUGUUAGACGGGCUGGGCCGCAUCCGGGACCAGCUCUCCGCUGUGGCCAGCAAGUGACACGGCCAGCCGGCCCCCAGCACACGCCGUCCUCGCAGCAGGCAGCGGUGGGGACAUGGGGGCUGCCAUCCAGAAGGCGCGGUUGGACCAGGCGGAAGCAGCCAGGCCCCCGCGCUGCUUUUUCCUCUUUCUGAAGUUGGAGCAGAAGCUGCUGAUCUCGCGAGGCUCCUGUGUGGGACUUAAUGACCCCUGUGGCAGCAGGAGGGAGCGUUUGCUUGGUCGGCCGCCUCCGCCUGGCUGAUUGGAAAAUUCAGGCCCAAGUUGUGGCGCUCGCUCGUCUUAAUAAGUUCCUUUCGCUCUGAUGAGCUCGUUUCCAGCUCUGGAAUGCACGCAGGGCGUCAGGUGGGUGACACCAGCGGUUCUGCUUCUCUGUCAGAGAAGCCAGGUGGAUCCCACAGGGCAGGGCCCCCUCUGCGUGCCUGCCCGCCCUGAGUCCAGAGCCUUCCCGAGCUCCCUCAGCCCUGCUGGACCACCUGGCAGCGUAGGAAGUCUGAAAUGGGAACUCACUUCCUUCUCAUUGGAGCCAGAGGCCCCUUCCUUGAUGUAAUGCAGCCACUCAGGGUGAAGAAGUAGGAGUGAUUGGAAAUAAAUAACAGUUCUAAAAACUUCAUGAUUCCGGUCACGCUUCUGUAGCUUCUGUCCUUAGCCUGAGUCGUUUCCUUAGGCCAGUGCUGCCUCUUGUUUGUAAAGACGACCCCACCUUCCUCGUUCCUGGCUCAGCUCAUCACCAUGGGAUGACCUGAAACCGGGCCCGUGAACCGGCCCACCUUCCACGUGUCCGUCUGUCACGUAGAGCA